GGUACUGUACUUUUGGCUCUAAAUAAUACUAGCUACUACACCUAAGUGGUGUCUUUUAGCUAUUAUUUAAACAUUUAGUUAGACAGCUCAGUCAAUGGGUGGUGGUAGGACUUAGAUGACUUAUUUCGAAUGAAUAUUAUGCACUUUUAGUAUAAGAUUAUGAAAAUGAAAGUGCAUAUAACGUUAUGCUUCUGACAAAUCGCAGAUCUGAACCACUCAGAAACCUGCGGACACCCCGGAAUAUGAACGUGCAAAUAAUGUUAUGCUUCUGACAAACUGCAGAACUGACCCACUCGGAAUCUCGAACUUCAAAUGGAGAAUGGCUGAACAUCAGAUCGACGACCCAAAGAUUGCAUUUGCAUAUCUCCGCCCAUCAUGUGUGCUCUUGACCAAAGAACCCACAUGCACUAAUGUCGAAGCUCUGAGCGGUCAUCUCUGCAGCGUGAGCGAUGGAGCCCUUCAACAGCUCCAGGACUAUAUUCUGUUUCCUCUCAGAUUCGUCCUUAAAACCCCUGGACCCAAGCGGGAGGGACUCAUCCAGGCGGUUAUGGAAGCGAUGACGUAUGUUCUGGAAAACACGUGUGUACAGAGAUGGGAAUCUCUACGUGAUCUUUUCUCCGAGUUGUGUCUUUGUCUGUGUUCACCACAAGACCCUGGAAAGCCUGCUACAGCCUCUGAGGAAUUAAAAAUAUCCGUUCUUGGAUGUUUGGACACUCUCUUGCACUCUGCCUAUGGUGAUAUUGUUUUUAAACUCUAUGAGCCAAGCAUGUUGCCUGGACUUGGAGCAGCCGUCUCUUUACUUCUGGCACUCGCAGAACAAGAAAAAGCAAGAAGUGUACAAACAGCGUCCCUGAAAUGUCUCCUUUCUUUGUUUCUCCAAUGCGAUUGCAAAAAGGAGCACAUUGAACCAAGACAACAUGAGAGGUAUUUGCUUGGAAGUGCGCUAGCUACAUUUUUACCUGGCAUUUCUCGUGCCCUUAGUCUUGUAGUGAGUGGAGAUGUAAGACAAGGUCAUGCGGUUACGGUGAAGUCCAUGAGGUUUUGGUACAAGACUGUAGGUUUAGUAAUGGCUGAUGAACAGCUUGAGAAGACAGGGAUUGACAAGGCAGCUGGGGAUCUAGGAAGAGUUGGGGAACUUAUUGUGAAGAGGACACCAUCAUGGCGGAAAGCCACAUCCCAACGUCUUGCCAUAGUCUUACAAAAGAUAAUUUCUUGCACUUCUGCUCACCCACAUUGGAAAGUCAGACUUGAAUUGGUCAAUCUAUCCCAUCAUCUUCUUUCCCAAUGUAGCCAAUCAGUUGUCGAAUGUGUUGGUCCUCUACUUGAAGCAUUGGUAGGUGCAAUCAAUGACGAGGAACCGGAGGUUAAAAACAAAUGCAAUACAGCAUUGGAUGAUGUCGCACAAAAAAGUCAAACCAAUGGCAGACAGGACUUUACUGAUGUACUAUCCGAAAACCUCCACAACCUGGCAUCAUCUUUACCUCGACUCAUGAGAACAUCUGACGAUCAACGCAAGCUCUUUGUUCUUAACGUGUUCCUUGGGUACCUCAAGAUUCUGGGUCCUAAAAUCGAUGUGGUGUUAACUUCAGCAGUGCAUCUUGAGCGUAUCUCCAAAGCUUUGAUGCAAGUGAUGGAGCUAGACGUAACUGAUGUAAAGAUCAUUGAAGAGAAAUCUCUAACAUCCUCCGCAGAUCUGACACCUGAUGUGCAGCAAAUCCCAUCCCAGAGGAAGUAUUUCCUCUACUUCACUGAUGACAAGAUAUUUUCCGCACUCAGGAAGAUCUGCCGAAUGUUGGGAUACUACGGAAAUCUUUACCUUCUUGUAGACCGCUUCAUAGAGUUGUACAAGGAGUCAUCUGUGUACAGAAAGCAAGCGGCGUUGGUCCUUAAUGAGAUAAUUGUUGGUUCUGCAGGCAUCGGUGUAGAAACAGACACUCUUUCUCAGCCUAAAACAAAUGAAGAAGACUUGAAAUCUUCAAUCAUGUCCAUCAUCGAGGAGUACAUCAGUCUGAGCAACUGGCAUCUUCCUACAGUCUCAGAAGCUUUGGAAGGAAAUCCUGAAUCUACAGUUUUAUCUGUGAACAAUAAUGUAGAACUUAGUCUUCAAUUGCUUCCAGCAUCCAAACCUCAAACUCUCCACCAACUCAACAGCAACAUCUGGCAAAUCUGUAUCCAGCUAGAGGGCAUCGGAGGCUUCGCUUUAGCUUUGGGCACAGAUUUCAGCCUACUUCUUAUGAGAUCUCUAUAUCCAGUGCUGGAAAAGGCCGGGGAUGAGUCGCUUCUUAUAAGCCAAGUGGCUUUCAAUGCAAUGUGUGACUUCUGCAAGGCUUGCGAAUACAGUUCACCCAAGGAGCUGGUCAUCAAGAACUCUGACUACCUUCUUAAUGAUGUUUCGCUAAAUCUAGCCAGACCCAGUGUUCACCCUCAUGCUCCAAGAGUUCUAGCGGUCAUGUUUACUCAUUCGGAUGCCAGUCUGCUGCCCCUAGUGGCCGAUGUGGUGCAGGAUGUGUUAACAGCACUUGAUCUCAGCUAUGACCAGAGGACGCCACAGUUCUGUAGUGUGCUAAACUCACUCAUGAAGGCACUUGUGACAUGGUUCCCCAAUACGACGGGACACCAGAAGCCACCCACUAAAGAGACCCAGAAUAACACCUGUGUGAGUUUGAAGCAGUUUCUCCUGGACUAUAAGAAGCAGAAGGAGUUUGCAGAAGGCAUUGGAGUUGAGGACGAAGAUCCUGAUGAUCUAGAUAUUCCUCCACCAGAGCUUGCUUCUGAUGAGGACACGGAGGGUCCCGCAGUGAAAAAGGAGCUUCCUCUUCAUAUCCAGAUUGCAAAAGAUGUGAUGGAGCGAUGCAUUCACCUGCUGUCUGACUCCAACCUGAGGAUUCGACUCAAGGUUCUGGACAUUCUGGAAUUGUGUGUAUGCAUUUUACGCGAGCAAGAGGAUGAGCUUCUUCCCAUGGUGCACCGCUGCUGGCCUGCUCUCCUCCACCGUCUCACCAAUGAUGAUCCUCUUGCUGUUCCACGAGCAUUCAAGGUCUUGUGUGUUCUGGGCGACUCGUGUGGUGAUUUCCUCAGGAAACGUGUGUCUAAGGAGGUUUUACCACGUCUCACCACUAAUCUGCUGAAGCAGGCGGAGAUCAGCACUCGAUCUGGAUCCGUCUACACACAUACAUUGGCUUAUAAACUCCAGCUUGCCGUACUGCAGGGUCUCGGCCCUCUUUGUGUGAAACUGGACCUCAUGGAUGCCGAUCUCGAUCAUGUAUUGGACGCCUGUGUUCCAUACCUGAGCUGCCGACAGCCAAUCAGACUGCAGGAGGCGUGUCUUAGUGUUUUCCGCUCCCUAAUGGAUCUGGACUCUGAUCUGUGCUGGUUUAUUCUCAAUCAGCUCUACUGUCCUGUAGUUUAUGAUCCUCCUCAUCCGUUACUGCUGCCCGUCAAACUGAGCGGAGUAAACAAACCCAGAAACCAGUUCACUGACAACAUCCUCAAACUCCUGCAGGAGCUGGACGGAGAACCAGAGAAUGGAGAACCAGAAAACCAGACACAGACACUUCACAUGACAGAUAACAGGCCUUCAUACAGUACUUCACGAUGCUAGAUUUAAAGGGGCAGUUCACUCAAAAAUGAACAUUUACUCACUAUUUACUCUCCUUAAGUGGUUAUAAACAUUUAUGAGAUUCCUUUUUUGUUGUUGUUGUUCACAAAAUAAGAUACUUUGAAGAAUGUUAGAAACCUGUAACCUUUGUUUUUUUCCUACUAUGGAAGUCAAUGGUUACAGGUUUCUAACAUUCUUCAAAAGUCAAUAAUUAACGUUUUCCAACAUUUUUCAAAAUAUCUUCUUUUGUGGAGCUGGAUGGAGAACCAGACGCUUCACAUGACAUAUAACAGACCUUGUUAUAUCUCAGUGCCAGAUUUAAAGAGGCAGUUCACCCAAAAAUGAACAGUUACUCACUAUUUAUUUAUCCUGAAGUGGUUAUAAACAUUUAUGAGUUUUUUUUCUUCUUCAAUUCUUCAACACAAAAAAAGAUAUUUCGAGCAAUGCUAGAAACCUGUAACCAUUGACUUUUAAAGUAUUUGUUUUUCCUACUAUGGAAGUAAAAGGUUACCAGUUACCAACAUUUUUCAAAGUAUCUUCUUUUGUGUUUAACAGAAAAUAAACCUCAAACUUGUGUGUGAUUGUGAAGGGUGAGUAAAUGAUGACUAUUUUCAUUUUGGGUGAACUGUCCCUUUAAGAUAGCUAAUUAUUCUUGGUUUCUGAUAUUCAUUUAUUAAUUUUGACAAAAUAAACAACUAAC